AUGUUCUUUAUCCAUGCAUUCUCUGCUAUGGAGUCGGGAGUGCUGGUGGCCAUGGCUGUGGACCGUUUUGUGGCCAUCUGUAACCCAUUACAUUAUGCAACCAUUCUUACCCCUGUUUUUGUUGCUAAGAUUGGAGGCCUGGUGGCACUGCGAGCAUGGUUGGUCCUCCUCCUCCCCUUCCCUGUCCUGUUGCAGAGACUCAUCUUCUGCCAGGCCACCAUCAUAGGCCAUGCCUACUGUGAACAUAUGGCUGUGGUAAAACUUGCCUGCUCAGAAACCACAGUGAACCGAGCUUACGGGUUGGCAGUGGCCCUGCUUGUGGUUGGGCUAGAUGUCGUGGCCAUCGGUAUUUCCUAUGCCCUCAUCCUCCAGACUGUGCUGAAGGUACCUGGGGGUGAGGCCCGACUUAAGGCCUUUAGCACAUGUGGGUCUCAUAUUUGUGUCAUCCUGAUCUUCUAUGUUCCUGGAAUAUUCUCCUUCCUCACUCAUCGGUUUGGCCACCAUGUACCCCAUCACGUCCAUGUUCUUCUGGCCACACUGUACCUCCUUGUGCCACCAGCACUCAAUCCUCUUGUCUAUGGGGUGAAGACUCGGCAGAUCCGCCAGCGAGUACUUAGGGUUUUCUCCACUAAAGGAUAG